UGCCAAUUUCAUUCCUGAUUUUCCCGCCAUAAUUAUGCAUCCAAUGGAUGAGAAUAGUUUGCUACACGUGGCAUCAUCUUAUGAGAUCUCUAUCUAUAAAGACAUACAAUCAGUUCUGUACAAAAGAUUAUUAUCCCCACAUCAAGAAUUCCAGUACAUGCUAUCUCCAAAGAGUCAGUCCAAGCCAAGUAGUUCACUGAUCAAAUGACAAAAGAACUGCAAGAGCAAUGGAUAUCACGCAUGGAUAUGUGAAGCAGUGAAAAAUUUCUUUAGGCUCAGAAUUAUUUCCAUUGAUACACAUGGAUAUGUGAUUGCCAUGGCUGCAAACCGAUUGUAAUCUAAAUGUUGCCUCGCCAAGAUACGAAUCACAAAUUCGACAUAUUUAAAAUCCGUUUAUAAUUUCUAUAUAAAAAAAAGAACUAUCGUUGAGGCUUGAAUUAUUUUCCAUUGCUAACUAAACGAUAUGAUUGUAAUGGCUGCAACAAUGAUCUCAAAGUUCGAGGUUGCCUCGCCAAGAUACGAAUCAUUUCGUUAAAUCUUUGUUAUUAGCAUUGGAAGAUACACAGAGAUAUCGUCACAGCCUCUUUAGAGAUACAUUAUUUUCCUUUUCAAUUUUGAAAUCGACUGCGGCUAAAAAGAGGCUCAGACUUUUCAAAUUUAUUUACUCAUCACAAUGGAAAGGAUGCAAAAACGCCAUGGCUGCUUCGGUAUCCACCAAGCCACGCCAAGAUACGUUUUAUUUCCUUAAUUUCACAUUUAAGAGAAACUUAUAAAAAUUGCAUCACAACCUCUGUUUACUGAAAGUAUUGCACCUGCAAAUGUGUAAUAUACCACAGCUGCAAAGGAAAGAUAAAUCACAUAAUUACGAGACAUACAGUGAACAUGGUCAUUGUACUACACUGCAAAUACCCAUUACAGGAGCUAAAGACCAACAAAGUGAGUACUAAGAAGGGAAACCAGCAUAUAUUAUGCCAUUCAAGUCAUAGUACUCAGACCAACAAAGUCAGUCCUAAGAACCCAACACAUUCCAUUGUCAGUAUAAAUACCACUCCACUGCAUAACACUACACACCCUUCCCCAAAAUUCCUUCAAUACACUGAUUUAUUAACAAUUAGCCUUAUACUUUUCUAAAAUGCCUGCCCUUUAGACGAGAUUGAUGGAUUUAAAACCAUCUACUUUUCGUGCCUAUCUUAAAUUAAGAUUACUUCGUUCUUACGACUUGAUAUCCUACAGAAAUGCCGGAGAAGUUGCCGGAGAAGUUUAUGCACGGGAGUGUAUUUUUCACGACAAUGAGGUACUUUUUUUCAAAACUAUUUUAGCUAGCCACUUUUCAAAUUGAUAUUAAUUAUUUGAUAAAAAAUUUCAGGGGAACCACAUUCUUGGAGUCUAUCAAAAGGAGGAAAUAGCAUUGUUUUGAUCAACGCUAAAAGAGGGGAAUUUAUAUCGAAUAAGUAAUCCGGCAGUUCUAUCAAACAACAGGCCUCACAUUGUUUCAAGCAAAUUUAAGCUAUCACUUGGUAAGAGGAGUACUGUUACCGAGAUGUUUGAUGAACAAUUCCCCAAGCAUUUUUUCAAUUUCAAACCAUUUGGGGAGAUAAAUGCUUUGAAAAAUAUUGAAAAUGUUCCAAUGUUUGGUAAUUACUUUACUCAUUUUUCAUACUUAAAUUCCUUGAGAUCAUUAGUCUAUUUUAAAAAUCUUAAUACGAUUUAAUAUUUUUACUUGAACAGAUGUAAUAGGCGCAAUGUUUGUUAAUGACCCUCCAAUCACCAAACCAGUUAUGGGAAAAGAAACCCUAAUUAUGGAGAUUAUAUUAGAGGAUUUAGAGGGGACAAGAAUUGCAUGCACUUUGUGGGGCAGAUAUGCUUCAAAUCUCAUGAAAUUUGUGGAAAAAUUGCCAAAGCAACCCGUCAUAGCAGUAAUCCAGUUUUGCAAAGCAGGGAUAUAUAAUGGUAAAGGGUUUCUUUAAAAUAUAAUUUAAAACAAAACAAUACUGCUUCUAAAUUUUUUCAAUUUUUCAAAAUAGAAAAAUAUUCCAAAUAUAUGGAAAUUUAAUACUUUUUAUAUUAAAAGAGUAAUUCUGUGUAUUUACUUGGAAUUCUGAAAAUUUUACUAUGCAAAUUUCAUUCAUGCACCUCAAAAUUCAAUUAGACUCCAAAUAUAAAUACCCUUCCUUUCUUACACACUUCACCACCUCAUAAAGCCUAUAUUAGUUUUAAAUACCUCAUUGCCCAUUCAUAGAACAGCUCUAUCAGUUUUCAUAAUAUGCCGGCUCUUUAAGUCUCCUACAUCUCUAUUCCAUAAUACUCUACACAUAUUUUCUAAAGCUUCGCGAGAAAUGAAGCACUCAUAUUCGAUUGACAAAGAGCAAGGAAAAAGAAAGGGGCUCCAUAGCAACAUAUGUGAAGACAUAUUUUCUUUAAGAAUUUAUUUAUUCAUAUACUACGUAUAUUUUUUUCAAUUAAACAUAUUUCUAAAUAUUUUGAAAAUAUUGAUAACAAAAUCAGGGAUGCAUUAGCUUCGAAAAACAUCCCAACACACACUGAUUUUUAACAGUUUAAAGGGCAUAGAUAAUCACUAAGAUUAAUGUUUUGUUAUUGAGGAAAAAUAUUUUAAGGGCAAGAUUUUUGUGUAAAUGUGCUUAGUCACUUAUAGAACAUACAAGUUAUUUACUACCAAUAAGAUCUGACUUGCUUCACUUCAAUGCAAAUAGUAACAACUUACUUCUACACACUUCAUUACAUAAAAAUUACAUUUAUUUAAACGAAUAGGAUAAAAAUACAUUUAUUUAAACCAUAAGAUUUUUUUAAAUAAAAAAUAAAAAAUACAUUUAUUUUAACGAAUAGGAUAAAAAAUUUAUUUAAAAUUUAUGUCCCAGCCCAAAAAAAUAUAGAAGGUCAGCAUAUACAAUUUAAUUAAUUUAUAGCAGAAAGAAUAGAGAAAAAUGGCAGUUUAAGAAAGCCAAAGUAUUUUCGAAGCCAAUGUGAAAUUAUAGUGUCAAGAUUGGGUUACAUUUUCAACAAAAAAAAUCAAACAGUGAAGUCUAUGAAGAAAUAUUCUAGAAAUAAAAAUCAUGCAUGUUAAUUGAAUCAAUAUUAUACCUUUUCCGAGGCAAAAUAAAUGGUCAUAGAUCGGAGCCCCCCUUUGUACAGACUUUAAAGAUCAAAAUUGAAACUUUUCGGAUCUUUCAUCGGAGACCACCUCGCCAUUUACCAAAAAAAUGAUUACAAUCGGAAAUGAGGAGCAAAGAAGAGAUACAAGCAGAGGUCGUGUGAGACACGUGGGCGGCGGAAAUGUAGGGUAGGGAGAAGAGAAUAUUAAGAGGCCAAAUAUAUGGGCCUGGACCUGUUGAAAAAUUCGAAUUGGGCUUGGUCCUGAUUUUUUCUUUUAGAUAAUCUAUUAUGUAAGGUUUAGGUUUAAUAACCCAAUAUUUUUCAAUACACAUUUCAAAUGCUUCAAUAUUUCUGCUUAUACUUUAAUAUACCUUUUAAAAUAUUUUAAAAUUUUAAAAAAGUUAUAUUACUGAUAUUUAGUAUUUCUUCUUUUUGUCUAUAAAAAGAUUAAGAUUUUUUCUGUAAAUAAUAAUAUUUACCGGCAAUGUGAAGAUAAUAAUAUGUCACUGUCUAC